CGGUUUAUCCAAAAGUACCCACGCGACCCAAGAAGGGACUGUUCAUGGUGCCAGUUUAGAUUAAACUCGCUCCAUUGAACACCAGGUACAGCAAGAUAUCCGAGUCUGUGGCUUCAGUUUAACCACGGCUGUCCGUUUAACAUGACUGCUAAAGAGUCCAACUUGCCAAAAAUCAAUGACCAAACUGGGUCAAUUAAGAAACUUACUGAUUUUUCUAUCGAUGCUAUACUAAAAUCAGAGUCCGAAAAGAUCGAUAAUCAGGUUGGACCUUCUGAAGAACUUGAUUCUCGUUUUGCUUGGUUGAAAUGUUCAAGAUAUAAGCCACCAAAAUUACCAAGGAAGAAAGAAAUAUACAAGAGGCGCCAUUUGGGAAGAAGUGCCAGAAUACCAUUCUCCAGUCACCAAGUAGCCGCUCUCGAAGAAAAAUUCCGAUUAACACAGUACUUAAGCAGUUACGAAGUGACAGAACUCGGUCAUCUUUUGGGAAUAUCGGAAAUUCGGGUGAAGAUUUGGUUCCAGAACAGAAGAGCUAGGCAAAGAAGAGAAAGACAGACAACAAUUCGUCAAAUGGUGUCGUCGCAGAUGAAUAUAAACUUCUACGAGGAAUCGUUACCCAAGUUAUAUCACCCAUUCAACGGUGUCUCUUGUAAUCGUCUCUUGUAA